GCCCUCCGCUAUAAAACCAGUGUUUGUUUCCAUGAUCAUCCACCAAUAUAGACAGUACUCAAAAUUAAAAGGAGAAACUAGCAAACCAUGAAGAACCAAAUUCUCUUACCCCUCUGCCCUUUACUGCUCCUACUACUACUCCCUCCAACCACUCUCCAAUACGCCUGUGAUCCCCAUGUCCUCGACACGACCCAGCUCACCUUCUGCAACACCUCCCUGUCCUACGAGGACCGAGCAAAAGACCUCGUGUCCCGCCUCACUCUCUCAGAGAAAGUCCUCCAGCUAGUGAACAAGGCCGCUGGCAUUUCCAGGCUUGGUGUCCCUGCCUAUGAGUGGUGGUCCGAGGCACUUCACGGUGUCUCAAACACUGGCCCAGGUGUGCGCUUCAAUGCAACUGUGCCCGGUGCAACCAGCUUCCCUGCUGUGAUCCUCUCAGCUGCCAGUUUCAAUGCAUCGCUGUGGUACAAGAUGGGGCAGGUGGUGUCCACAGAGGCUCGGGCCAUGUUCAAUGCAGGGCUGGCUGGGCUGACCUAUUGGAGUCCUAACGUUAAUGUGUUCCGUGACCCCAGAUGGGGAAGGGGGCAGGAGACUCCAGGAGAGGACCCUAUGGUGGUGUCAAAGUAUGCUGUGAGCUAUGUCCGGGGUCUGCAAGAGGGGAACCUUACUGGUGAUAGGCUCAAAGUUUCUAGUUGCUGUAAGCAUUAUACUGCCUAUGAUGUUGAUAACUGGAAAGGAGUCGAUCGAUUUCAUUUCGACGCGAAGGUUACAUUGCAGGACAUGGAGGACACGUAUCAGCCACCAUUUAAAAGCUGUGUAGAGGAGGGGCACGUCAGCAGCGUCAUGUGUUCAUAUAACAGAGUAAAUGGAAUUCCAGCGUGCGCUGACCCUGACCUCCUCAAAGGAGUAAUCAGAGGCCAAUGGGGUUUGGAUGGAUAUGUUGUUUCAGACUGCGACUCCAUUGAGGUUUAUUACAACGCAAUCCACUAUACUGCAACACCUGAAGAUGCAGUAGCCCUUGCUCUGAAAGCUGGAUUGAACAUGAACUGUGGAGAUUACCUGGGCAAAUACACACAGAAUGCAGUAAACUUGAAGAAGGUAGAAGAAUCUGUUGUCGACCAGGCCCUGAUAUACAACUACAUAGUCCUAAUGAGACUUGGCUUCUUUGAUGGGGACCCGAAAACUCUGCCGUUCGGGAAACUGGGCCCAUCUGAUGUGUGCACGGACGAUCAUCAGAUGCUGGCACUUGAAGCUGCAAAGGAGGGAAUAGUUUUACUGGACAACAAUGGAGCUCUCCCCUUGUCCUCAGACACCACCAAGAGCCUGGCUGUUAUAGGACCAAAUGCUAAUGCCACCAACGUUAUGAUAAGCAACUAUGCUGGUGUUCCCUGCCGCUACACUAGCCCCAUACAAGGCCUGCAAAAGUACGCCUUGGUGAAUUACGAGCCAGGAUGUGACGGUGUGAGAUGCAGUGACAGUUCAUUGAUCGGUGCAGCAGCCAAGGCAGCAGCCACUGCUGAUGCUGUGGUGAUGGUAGUGGGGCUUAAUCAGUCCAUUGAGGCUGAAGGGCUCGAUAGAGUGAACUUGACUUUGCCUGGAUUUCAAGAGAAGCUGGUGAUGGAUGUUGCAAAUGCAGCAAAGGGGACAGUGGUUCUGGUGGUUAUGUCUGCUGGUCCAAUUGACGUUGCCUUUGCGAAGAAUGUGAGCAAGAUUGGAGGGAUCUUGUGGGUGGGCUACCCUGGUCAAGCAGGAGGUGAUGCCAUAGCACAAGUCAUAUUUGGAGACUACAAUCCAGGUGGAAGAUCCCCCUUUACUUGGUACCCGCAAGAGUAUGCAGAUCAAGUGCCAAUGACAGAUAUGAACAUGAGAGCUAACACCUCUCAAAACUUCCCAGGACGAACAUACCGGUUCUACACCGGCAAACCUGUCUACCCAUUCGGACAUGGCCUCAGCUACUCAACAUUCUCCAAGUUCAUAAAAGCAGCCCCAUCUACCAUACUCAUUCCUGUUACAUCCACUUCGACCCCGUUCACCAUUCUCUCAUCUAUCUUCACCACUGCCAUUGAAGCUUCAACUGUGAACUGCACAAACUUGCAGUUCGACGUGGUGAUCAGUGUCAGGAACAAGGGACUGAGGGACGGGGAUCACGUGGUGCUGCUGUUUUGGGAGCCGCCGGGUGCAGCAGGGGUGGCCGGGGCGCCAAAUGUGCAGCUGGUGGGGUUUGAAAGGGUGAAGGUGAAGCAGGGGAAGGCAGAGACAGUGACCUUGAGGGUGGAUGUGUGCAAGGACUUGAGUUUAGCUGAUGAGGAAGGGAAGAGGAAGCUGGUCACUGGGCAGCACACACUUGUGGUUGGAUCACCAGGUGAGCGCCGAGUGAGGCACCAUUUCAUUGUUAGACUGGCGCGGGGUGAAGGUGAAGGAAGCAGUUUAUCCAUGUAAUUAAAUUGUAAUUGCAGCACAAACUUACAUUUUAUCACUAUAUAUAUAUAUAUAUAUAUAUAUGUACAAGGUGACUGAAGGUGGAGGAGUCCACUCACGCAUUUGGAUCAUGUAAUUGCAAGGUCUAUAUAUAUUUAUUCUGAAGAA